AUGCCUUCCAAUGAGAAAUCCAAUGCAUCACCCCACCACCCGCCUACCGAUCUGGACGUCGAAGUUGCUCUACACACUGCCAACCCCGAUGUUGAGAACGGAUCACUCAACAGGGGCCUCAAAUCUCGACACGUCGGGAUGUUUUCCAUUGCAGGUGCCAUCGGAACAGGCCUUCUCAUAAGCAGUGGAACGGCACUAUCACGAGGUGGCCCUGGAAGCAUGCUUAUAGCUUAUUCUUUUGUUGGGCUGUUGGUGCUCAACAUCAUGUCCGCUCUUGGCGAGAUGGCCGUUUUCAUGCCCAUGGACCAGGGGUUUGGUGGAUAUGCUUCUCGCCUGGUUGAUCCGGCAUUUGGAUUCGCCACCGGGAUGAACUAUUUUCUCAAAUAUGUGGUGCUCCUGGCCAAUAACCUCACGGCUUCGGGGAUAGUGAUGCAAUACUGGCUCCCUGAUAUCAACGUGGCUGUCUGGGUCGUUUCAUUUGCCGCCAUUAUUAUAUUCAUUAAUUUCAUGCCUGUCCAGUAUUUUGGUGAAAUCGAAUUCGGUGCAGCAUGCAUCAAGACCGUCACUAUUGUCGGUUUAAUGGUUCUCUGUCUAGUCAUCGAUCUAGGAGGCAGCCAACAAGGACGGAUAGGAUUCAGGUACUGGAAGAACCCUGGUGCGUUCAAAGAGUAUCUUGACACAGGCUCCGCAGGGAGGUUCCUUGGUUUCUGGGAUUCUGUGACAAAUGCAGCAUUUGCAUAUAUGGGCAGUGAGAUGGUGGGAAUGACGUUUGGAGAGGCAACCCAGCCCUGGAAGACGAUCCCAAAGGCCGUCAAUGCCACGUUCUGGCGCAUUACCUUCUUCUACGUCGGGGGUGUCUUCUGUCUGGGGUUGGUUGUCUCCUCUUCGAACAAUCGCCUGAUAGACGCUACCAAAGCAGACACUGGCGCAGGCGCCUCUCCUUUUGUCGUUGCGAUUGUUGAUUCCGGAAUUCCAGUCCUUCCUCAUAUAAUCAACGGCUGUCUGCUGGUGUUUGUCCUUAGUGCGGCGAAUACAGAGGCAGAUAUCUAUGUCGCGUCCCGUACUCUAUAUGGCCUGGCGAAGGACGGCUAUACACCGUCUUUGUUCAAAUUUACCAAACGAUCGAUUCCUGUCUUUGCUGUGGCAGCAGCCUCAGUAUUCUUCCUUCUGGCACUGCUGAACAUUAAUUCAGGAAGCGCCGUGGUUUUUGGGUACCUCGUAUCUCUUUCCACGAUUCUCGGAUUGCUCAACUGGGUCAGUAUCUUAGUAACCUAUCUAUGUUUCCACCAGGGUAUGAAGGCCCAGGGAAUUAGCCGGGAAAACCUGCCCUUCUCUGGUCGUUUCCAAAAGACGAGGGCACAAAUGACUCUAUUUUUCACUGUUGUCAUAAUCUUCACUAGUGGUGAGUAUAAACCGCAAAAGUGA